AUGGCCUAUUACCCCGCCUGGGCCGCGGACGACUUCCCGCCGGAGAAGAUCGACUUCGGACGGCUGGACUGGAUCGACUUCGCCUUCGCCGUCCCCGACAAGAACUUCGCCCUCGGCUGGGACGGCUCCGACGACGCCCCCAACCUCCUCCGCCGCCUCGUCGCCCGCGCUCACAAGAGCCGCAAACGCGUCAAGCUCAGCGUCGGUGGCUGGACCGGAAGCAAGUACUUCUCCGCGGCGGUUGCGACUGCGCAGAGCCGCGCGACGUUCGCGCGCAACCUCCUCGCGCUCUACCGCCAGUUCGCGCUCGACGGCGUCGACAUCGACUGGGAGUACCCCGGGCAGCCGGGCGCGCCGGGCAACGCCGUCUCCGCGCGCGACACCGACAACCUGCUCGCCUUCCUCACCCUCCUCCGCCAGACGCUGCCCGCCGGCGCGGUGAUCACCGCCGCGGCGCCGCCGGAGCCGUGGUCCACGCUGCGGAACGGCCCCGCGUUCGCGCGCGCGCUCGACUGGGUGCUGAUCAUGAACUACGACACCUGGCAAGCGAGUAACCCCCCAGGCCCGAACGCGCCGCUGAGCGACGCGUGCGGAAACUCGACGCGCCCGGAGUCCUCCGCGCUCGCCGCCCUCCGCGCGUGGACGCGCGCGGGCGUGCCCGCGGACCGGCUCGUGCUCGGCGUGCCCUCGUACGCGUACGUCGUCCGCUCGUCCGCCACGCGCCUCCGGGGCCGUGCCACCCGGUCCGAGGACCUCGCGCCGGGCCCGGCCGGCUCGCACUUGCACUCGCACUCGCACCCGCACCCGCACUCUCCGCGACGCCGCCGCGGAGUCCAUGCGCCCCGUCGACCGCACCGGGCAGGCCGGGUGCCGCUGGGCCGCUGGCCCGCGGGGGUCCAUCCCACCGGUGGUCGACGCGACGGUCUCCUCUUCCUCCGUCGCCGCCGCCGGGCCGCUGCUCGUCCGAACGACGACGGGGGCACGGACAACGGGCAGGUGCAGUUCCGCGCGCUCUUCGCCCAGGCGCGCUCCAGCUCCAGUCGUCCUCGUCCUCCGUCCUCGUCGCGGAAGUUCGCGGGCGCGCACGGCUUCCGGCGCACGUGGGACGCGUGCUCGAGCACGCCGUUCCUGCGCUCCGCGGGCGCGCGCCAGGUCGUCGCGUACGACGACCCCGCGAGCCUCGAGGUGAAGGCGCAGUUCGCGCGCCGCGCGGGCAUGCGCGGCGUCAACAUGUUCGACGUGCACGGGGACACGGACGCGUGGGACCUCGUCGAUGCGCUCCGGCGCGGUUUGGGCGUGACUGGGGCUCAGUGA